UAAGUAUUGACAAUAUUAUUAUUAUAUAUAUAAUAUAAUAUUAUUUUGUAUUUCUUGUUUAACUAUUUCAGUUAGAUUGAUACCAAUCAUCUAGAAUCCCAACUUGGUUUCUUUGUUUGAUUAAAACAUUUAAUCCAGAAUGGGAUAUAGUCCAGUGGUAGAAUGUGUGUUUUGUGUAUACAGUUCCCUGGGUUUAGUGCUGGAAAUCACUGAAAAAUUAACUGUUGCUAAUAAUAACUGUUUUAUUUUACACAAAAUUACUCCUUUCUCUGAGGAGUAUUCCCAUGCUCACACAGGUUAUUAUUAUAAACAAUGAUUGUUGUUGUCAUAACUGAUAAGAUCCUUAAAAUUCAUAAAUCUUUUCUAACCUUGACAUAUUUUCUUUGGCCCAAGCUUGCAGAUCAGUUUUGUAAUGCUAUUGGAGUGUUACAACAAUGUGGUCCUCCUGCUUCUUUUAAUAACAUUCAAACAGGAAUUAACAAAGACCAGCCAGCUAAUCCUACAGAAGAGUAUGCUCAGCUUUUCGCAGCAUUGAUUGCACGAACAGCAAAAGACAUUGAUGUUUUGAUCGAUUCCUUACCCAGUGAAGAAUCUACAGCUGCUUUACAGGCAGCUAGCUUAUAUAAGCUAGAAGAAGAAAACCAUGAAGCUGCUACAUGUCUGGAGGAUGUGGUUUAUCGAGGAGACAUGCUUCUGGAAAAGAUCCAAAGUGCACUUGCUGACAUUGCACAGUCACAGCUGAAGACAAGAAGUGGUACCCGUAGCCAGACUCUUCCAGAUGCAUAGCCUGUGGCUGAGAAAAGAACUGUUUCAAUGCAUCAAAUUUAGAUGUAAGCCUUACCAACCAUUACAGAAACAUCACACUAUGACACAUUACCUUUUAAGCUAUUUUUAAAAGCCUUCUAUUUUCACUUUUGAAAAUAGCUUAUAAAAUUGUAAUCAAAUUAGCUUUACGCCAUCAUCUGCCAUCGUUUUUUAUCUGAAUGAAAGUAUCAAGAUAGAUAUUGCAUUAAUGUUCAUACUAAAACGAACUUACACUAUAAAGUUCUCUUUUGUUUUUAUGGGGUUUUUUUGUUUGUUUAUUUUGUUUGUAUUUUUUGUGGUGCUGAUGGAAAUCAAGAGCCUGUGCAUGCUAGGCAAGUGCUUUGUCACUGGACUACACCCCCCAAUCCCAAGUUUGUUCUUUCUUUUCUUGUAUUUUUCAGUCCUUUUACAAAUCACAGUAUCCCUCAAGGAAGAGAUAUGGGACAUUUCACUUUAGAUUGGUGGUGUUCUGCCCUUUAGAGGUAGCAUUGUAUAAAUGUGAAUCCUUGAGCUAAAGUUUCUGUAAUUUUGUUGCUUUUAAGAAGUAGAAGAGCCAAGUAUGGUGGCUCAUGCCUGUUAUUUCAGCUACUCAAGAGGCAGAGAUUGGGAGGAUCAAUCUCUUUUUUUUUUGCUGGCCAGACCCAG